AUGAUCCAUCUUGGAGUUACAACUGUUGACAAUAAGAAUUUCUUUUUUGUCACUUAUGUUUAUGCUUUUAAUGAUGAGGAGGGGAGGAAAUGGCUCUGGAAAGACCUUCAAGAUCUGAUUGUUAAGGGGCCCUGGAUUGUGAUGGGUGACUUUAAUGACAUCUUAGCAAAAGAGGAGAGGAUUGGCAAUAGAGUUAGAUAUAAGACCUCCACUGACUUUAUUGACCGUGUAGCAAAUUGCCAACUUGAGGAUGUCAAAUAUAGUGGGAAUUUUUAUACUUGGUGCAAUAAACAACAUGGAGAGGACAGAAUCUAUUCUAAGAUAGAUCGUGUACUAGCAAACCAAGCUUGGCUGAGAUUGUACCCGGAAGCUGAGACAGUUUUUGUGAAUGAGGGGUUGUUUGAUCAUACACCAGCUGUCCUCACGGUAUAUUCAAAUGUCACUUGUGGUAGGAAACCUUUCAAGUAUUUCAAUAUGUGGUCUACGCAUCCAGAUUAUUUUAAGAAGAUUGAAGAGAUCUGGCAACAACAUUUUACAGGGACAAAAAUAGAUCAUCUAGCUGGCUGUCAAGAUAGGCUUAAGUGUGAUCCUUUAAACUCUGUAUUGCAUGGUAUAGAGUUGGAGGCUAAGAAUAAGUAUACAAAGGUUCACAAGGAUUAUAUCUCUUUUUUACAGCAGAAGUCUAAACUAAAUUGGGCUAGAAAUGGGGAUGAGAAUUCAACUUUGUUUCAUCUCAGUAUUCGGGAACGAAGAAGGCAAAACAGAAUUCUAUCUAUUAUUGAUGCAAGAGGGAAUCGGGUAGAUGAACCUGUACAAGUCAUUGAAGCUUUUUUAAGCUUCUAUCAAGAGCUUUUGGGUAGUAAGAUGCUACAAAGAAAGAAAGUAUUGGCUGGAGUGAUGUUUCAAGGUCCUACAGUAACAGAGUCCCAAUCAGAGCUACUUUUGAAAGAUUACUCAAAAGAAGAGGUUAGGAAAGUGAUAUUCGAAAUCCCUGGAAAUAAAGCACCCGGACCGAAUGGUUAUGGGAGUUGCUUUUACCAAGAAAACUGGAAUUUAAUUGGAGAUGAAGUUGUUGAAGCUAUUUUCUCCUUCUUAAAGACUGGGCAGCUGUUUAAAGAGAUAAAUUCCACAGUGAUUACACUUGUUCCUAAAACCAAAUGCCGGAAUACAGUAAAGGAUUACAGGCCAAUAGCAUGUUGCAAUGUCAUUUAUAAAGCAGCUACGAAGCUAAUUUGCUCGAGGCUCAAAACAGUUCUCCCUAGUAUUGUGGCGCAAAAUCAAGGAGGGUUUGUUCAUGGUUGA